AUGGCGACGAUCCAACACAAGCCGACUCCGACGGCGCCGUCGACGACGACGGGCGGCGGCCUGCGCGCCAUGGACCUGUACGAGAAGCUGGAGAAAGUCGGGGAGGGCACGUACGGGAAGGUGUACAAGGCCCGGGAGAAGGCGACGGGCCUGAUCGUGGCGCUCAAGAAGACGCGGCUCCCCGAGGACGACGAGGGCGUGCCCCCCACCGCUCUGCGGGAGGUCUCGCUGCUGCGGAUGCUGUCGCAGGACCCGCACGUGGUGCGCCUGCUCGACCUCAAGCAGGGCGUCAACAAGGAGGGGCAGACCAUCCUGUACCUCGUCUUCGAGUACAUGGACACCGACCUCAAGAAGUUCAUCCGGGGCUACCGCGCCAACCACGAGAAGAUCCCCGCACAAACCGUCAAGAUCCUGAUGUACCAGCUGUGCAAGGGCGUGGCUUUCGUCCACGGCCGCGGGGUGCUGCACCGUGAUCUCAAACCCCACAACCUGCUCAUGGACCGCAAGACCAUGGCGCUCAAGAUCGCUGACCUCGGACUCAGCCGUGCCAUCACCGUCCCUAUGAAGAAGUACACACACGAGAUUCUGACGCUGUGGUACAGGGCGCCUGAGGUUCUUCUUGGCGCCACUCACUACUCCACGCCGGUUGACAUUUGGUCCGUGGGCUGCAUAUUUGCUGAGUUGGUCACUAACCAGCCACUUUUCCCUGGCGAUUCUGAGUUGCAGCAGCUCCUCCACAUCUUCAAGUUGCUGGGCACCCCAAAUGAGCAGAUGUGGCCAGGAGUAGGCAAGCUGCCCAACUGGCACGUGUACCCCCAGUGGAAGCCCACUAAGCUGUCCACACUUGUCCCUGGUCUUGAUGCCGAUGGCUAUGAUUUGCUUGAGAAAAUGCUGGCAUAUGAGCCGGCGAAGCGGGUCUCUGCGAAGAAGGCCCUGGAGCACCCGUACUUCAAUGGUGUGAACAAGGAGCCGGAAAGCCUGGGAUCAUCUUCCACUUGCUUUAUAAAGCUUCACUCUAUGGCUCUGAAGCACAAGAUGCCUGUCUUAAUCAAAGCCAAUAAUUCUCUCAUCUGUUACUUCAUUUUUGUAAGGUUUCAAAAUUAUUGUAUGAUGAUUGAGCGUUAUGUGGCUGGUUUGCGACGCUGCAUGGCCCUUCCUUCAGCCUUCAGAAUGACUUCCCUAAGUGACUAUGAAAGACCUUCAGCAGUAUCAGUACAAAUUACUUGUUCCGUUGAAUCAUUGAGGGAAGCUGGACAGCAAGAUGGUUGGCUUUAUUAA